AUGUCGAGCACGCCGAGAAUCACAACGUUGAUUCUGCAAUCCUACUAUCCGACCGUCAGAGACUUGCGGUCGUAUCUGCUUGAGGUCCUCGAACCGCCCACGACCAGCAGCGGCUUUCCGCUCUUGGCGACCGACUCUGAGCACUUCAAAGCAUUCAUAUCGGGGACGCAGGUCGCUUUGAUGCGUCGGAGUGUGUCCUUGCCGGGAAGGGGUGGUUCGCGGCUGAAGGUGGAAGAGCCGAUGGUGCAUAUGCGCGACAUCAUCGACCGUGCACAGGAGAAGCUGAUGUGCAAGAAGAAGGCUCCCAAUAUUAUCACUGCAGGUUACCGCUCGGCCUAUGACAAAGGCAAUCACAGAAAACCGGGGAUGGCGCGGUUGGGGGUGUCAAACUACUUCGUGAAUACUAUAGUCACCGCGCUGCAAGGUCCCGAGUGGGAACGGCUGCUCAAGAGGCAAGCAUAUACCCAUUCUUUUGUCCUACAAACACCGUCUGACAACAGCUAA